AUGAAAAGAGGGGUAGAUGAGAAGAAUAUGUGGCCAAUAUUUCCAAGACUUCAUGUAAACGAUGCUGAAAAAGGAGGGCCACGAGCACCUCCAAGGAACAAGAUGGCUUUAUAUGAACAGCUUAGUAUACGUUCAUCCCAAGUGAGUGCAAAUUUACUCCAUGGGGACAUGAGCAAAAGGGGUUCGUUUCUCCCACUUCAACGGACUCCUACAAUGGAUAUAGCUGAUAAAAAGAGUAACCAAUACUUUGACUUAAAUAAUCAAAUACGGCAACGAGAGCAAAAAAAGAAACAAAAGGAAGAUGAUUUCAGAGCUUCGGUCUUUGCUCAACAAUCUGAAAUAAAUCUCGAACAUAGUGAUCCUAUUAAUGGUGAUGUUGUCUCUGGGAUAUCGAUGGUAGAUUCCAUAUCCGGAGACGACAUCUCUCCUGAUAAUGCCAUCGGAAUUAUGGGUCAGAAUCAAUUUUUGAAGGCAAGAAGAGCCAUCGUCAACCAACGAAAUGCGUUUUCUGGUCAAGUGUUUGAGCUACAUAGAUUGAUAAAGGUUCAAAAACUAAUUGCGGGAUUCCCCCCACCGAUGGUUGAAGAUGAUGCGUUUUUGGGGAAACUAGCAAAAGUUUCUCCGAUCAAGAAGGUUCAUGUAGAGUAUGCUCUGAAGUCGUCAACAAAUGUUCCGAAUGACACGAGGGACUUCUCAGUCAAGAAUGUUGUUGAGAGGCCAAAGGAUGACACGAGGGACUUUUCAGUCGAGAAUACUGUUGAGAAGGCGCCUCUUUUUUCCGUUCAAAACAACCAUCAUUCCACGUUUUCUGGGUAUCUGUUACCGCCAUCCGACCCGAAUUUUCAACUACCCGGGCAUCAAUGGCUAAUCCCUAUUAUGUCUCCCUCCGAAGGACUUAUCUACAAGCCUUACCCUGGACCGGGAUACUUGCUCCCAGGUCCUGGACCUCCUACAUCAGCUCCAAUUAUCGGGCAUAACUUUGUAAACCAUGGAGUCUCACCGCCGACGCAACCUUACCAAUGGCCCCCGGGAUUCCAUCCGCCGGUUCCUCCGACCUCCCAUGGUUUCUUCCCUCCUUAUGGUAUGACAACGAUGAACACAUCGGGUGGUGAAGAAAUGAAUCCAUUUAACAUGCAAUGUCAGAGCUCGGGUAAUGUUCCGAUUGUGGCCAAGUUUCACACGUCUAACGAUAGCGAGGUACAAGUCAAUAUAGCAAGCAGUCAAAGCAACGUAACGCGAAACCAAGACACCCUUCCUCUUUUCCCGACAUGUCCUUCGUCCGAGCGUGGUGCGGAACCCACUUGUGUUAUCAGAGUCGUACCGCACAGUGCCCAAUCGACAACGGAAUCUGUAGCUCGGAUUUUUCAAUCCAUACAAGAGAGAAAUCAACCAAAUGGUCUUUGA